AUGCACACAGAAAAUAACGGCUACAACACAACUGAAGCUAGUGAACCUCCAGUAUAUCACAAACCUCCUCCAAGCUACGGAUUCUCGAAUACCGCCGUAUUUCAACCAUACGGCCAAUCGCUACCACCACCAAUAAGCUCUGUAUCUGUUCAAUGUGCUGUCAAUCCGAAUACUAUCUACAUGCAGCCGCAACCCAUGAGUGCUUUCGCAGUUUAUGGGCUUCCUUCGGGCACGGCUCAUAUCAAUGACUACAUGGCUUGGUCAAUUUUCAAUAUCUUCUGUUGUGGUCUUGUAUUUGGUCUCAUAGGAGCGAUGUUGUCGUCCCAAGUACAACAGCGCAAAAUGGCAGGUGAUGCAGCAGGUGCUCAAAGUUUAUCAACAGUCACUGCAAUAUAG